CGAGUUCGCUGCGGCUUCGCCCCUUCGCGAUAACUAAUCGCGGCGGUGACUGGCGCGUGUCCCGCCUCUUCCGGCCGCGCUGGGGGCGGUGGCGCUUGCGCUAGCGGCGGGUGAGUCGAGGACAACGGUGGACUGACUGGGGCUGUGCGGCAAUGUUGUCUGAUGUAAUGGAGGCUUCAGAGGGAGCAGAUGAAGCAGAAGGGUUGCACUACAAAGAAAUGGAAGAAGAAAAUGAUGUUAGUCCCACUGAUCUCUCGGAGCUGCUAAAGGAGGGGACCAAGGAGUCCCAUGAUCGUGCAGAGAACACUCAGUUUGUCAAAGACUUCCUGAAAGGACGGAUCAAGAAGGAGCUCUUUAAGCUAGCAACUGUAGCACUCUACUUCACCUACUCUGCCCUGGAAGAAGAAAUGGACCACAACAAGGACCAUCCAGCAUUUGCACCUCUCUACUUCCCUCUGGAACUUCAUCGAAAGAAAGAGUUGGCUAAAGACUUGAAAUUUUUUUAUGGAGAAGACUGGAAAGAGAAGAUACAGUGUUCAGAGGCAGCCAAGUGUUAUGUGGAUAGAAUCCAUCAAGUUGGGCAAAAUGAGCCAGAGCUGCUGGUGGCCCAUGCUUACACACGUUAUAUGGGGGACCUGUCAGGGGGGCAGGUGCUGAAAAAGGUGGCCCAGAGGGCCCUAAAGCUACCCAGCUCUGGGGAAGGGAUCCAGUUCUAUGUGUUUGAGAAUAUUUCCAAUGCACAGCAGUUCAAGCAGUUCUACAGGGCAAGAAUGAAUGCCCUGGAUUUGGACAAGAAAACCAAGGAGAAGAUUGUGGAGGAAGCCAAUGCAGCCUUUAAAUUCAACAUGCAGGUGUUUGAUGAAUUGGACAAGAUUGGUGCACUGCUAACAGAAGAAGCCCAAGAUGGAGGCCUCCCUGUACAUGAUGGGAAAGGAGACCUGCAUAAAUGCCCAUACUAUGCCACAAAACUAGGCAAAGGGGAUGCCAGCUGCCUGUACCAUAUUGCCAUGGCCGUGCUGAAGCAGCCUACCAUGCAGUUCAUUCUUGCAGCUUGCAUCGCCAUGGCAGCAGGAGUUGCAGCCUGGUACGUGAUGUGACGGAGUGACAUUACAUGGCAUCAUCCAUUGGCAGAAGAUGCACUCACACUUUUUUGGGACUGCUCCCCUACUGUUGGUGGAGUUUUUAAUGCAGGAUUUAAGUAAGAAAAUAAUAAACCAGAAUCUUCAGUGAAUGCCUAUUACUAUCUGCAUAUAAAUAGUAAUCCAAACACAGAGUGGUACAUACCUAAUAAUUCAUAUAAUUACUUGGGAUUCUGAGCUAAGAACGUAGCGCAGCAAUUCUAGUUAAGCAUCUUGGAGCCAAAAUCUCUGUUGACCUGAUGCAGGUUUAUAUCCUGAGCAUGCUUCUAUCCCAAUGCUGUCAGAAGUUUAUAAACAAUUAGCUUUCCAUGUCUUUGAGCCUGGGGGUGGGGGUGGGAAGUUCCAAGUUUGAUAUCUUGCUGCAUCCAGUGGAGCAUGGCUCAAUACAUACUAAUGAGGUGCUUGGCCUGUGACAUUGGGAGGAUUCUUUUAGAACUGGCUUGAAUGGGGAAUUUGUACUUUGUCCUCCCCAAGGAAGUUGUGAUAUAAAAAUGAAACUACUACA